AUGAAGCGUUCGCUACUCAAAAUCAUAGAAGGAGAAGGAGUUCCAUCAGUAGAAGCUCUUCAAACGUUCCUACAGGUAUACCGUUCCACAUCCAGUGCAACACUGGCUGGCAAGUCUCCUGCGGAAGAAAUGCUGGGUAGGUCCAUGCGUACAACUCUCGAUCUCCUGCGACCACCUGUGCUCAGAAGUACAUCCGAAAAACAUGUUUCUAAAUAUACCGCUGGAUGCGCGGUAUACGCAAAACUCUACUCCAACGCAGAGAAAUGGAAGUGGAUACCAGGAACUGUUAUUGAAGCCAUAGGUGGAGUCAAUUACAACAUUCUCCUCGAUAACCAAUCGGGUAGGAGAAAACUGAUUCGUUCACACGUAAACCAACUUCGACCUAGAUUCAAUGAAACUGUUAAACCGUUAUCAACGCCAACCCCAUUGGAAAUUUUGGUGGAUGAGUUUCAGCCUAAGCAACCAACAAUACAGCAGACGACUGAUAAUCAAAGUGACAGUUCUGUUAGUGAUGAGUUCUACGAAGCAGAAGCUGACUUAGCAGAGUCCAGUCAAACAUUACAGCCAGCAGAAGUACAUAUUCCUAGACCAACCAGAACCCGUCAUCUUCCAAAGCGCCUGGAGGAUUACAUUGUAGGCUAG